ACUAUGCACCUAUGAGACCAUGUUGAUGCUUUUAACCAUCUCGUGGUUGUUCAGCCAAGCUUCUCUUAGCUUUGUGGAGUCCUACAAUUUCUCGUUCCCGGGUUUUGAUUCGGGAAGUUGUGGAAAUGGAGGCAAUUUGAUCUGCAUGGGAUCUGUUACUGCCAGCAAUGGGAGCUUGAACAUCACUAUGGACCAACCAAGCAAUGAGAACCAGGUUGGCCGGGUUUUGUUCCGCUACCCUGUGCUUGCCUGGCCGGUGUCAUUUAGUACCACCUUCACGGCGAGGAUUAUAACCAACCACAGUAAAUCUGGCGAUGGGAUGGCGUUUAUUAUGGCUCAGGAUGACCAACCGUCACCAUCGGAAAGCUAUGGCUCGUAUCUUGGAAUUCUUGAUUCAGCUACUCAAGGUGGAGUUCUUCGACAACUUGCAGUGGAGCUAGAUACAUUCAGGAACGAAAAUGAAGAAGAUGGAAAUCAUAUAGCAAUCGACACAAUAAGUGUAACCAACCCAGUUGCAUCCAAGAGUCUCAACAGCACAGGAAUCAAUCUGAAGAGUGGUAAAGAUAUCAAAAUUAAAAUUGACUACGAUGGAUGGAACAAAACACUUUACAUUUAUGUGGCAUAUUCUGGGGACCCUCUAGUCAAUUUCCUCAACAAGAAAAUUAUAAUGAAGAACACAGUUCCAAAAUAUGUGUACGUGGGUUUCACAGCAUCCACUGGCGAAGCCUCUGAGACCCAUCAAGUUCUUGAUUGGGAUUUCACAGUGUAUGAAUUGCCAAAAAAGUCCUUGAAAGGCGGAGUCGAGAGAGAUGAUAAGAUUUUGCUGAUAGUUGUUGUUCCAGUGGUUGUGGUUUUGUUGAUUAUAUUGGCAUUGGCUUUAACAUUUGCCCUGAAAGCUAGGAGGAGCAAGAGAAAGAGAAGUGGGAAAAAUGAGGAUCUUGACAUGCUGACUAGAAAUGUAGCCAAUGCUCCUAGGAUUUAUACUUACAGGCAACUUUCAAAAGCUACGCAUAACUUCAGCAAAGCAAACCUGUUGGGAACUGGUGGAUUUGGAAGUGUUUACAAAGGGGUUAUAUCAGAUGAUACUCCUUCAACUAUUGCUGUCAAGAAAAUUAAUGCAACAACAAAACAACGUACGGUCUACUAGCAGUUAUUCGAAUAGUAGCACUAUUUGGUUAUCAGGGAUUUCAUUAGGAAAAAGUUACGAUCCAAAUGAGUAAGUUACAACAAAAUGAGAUAUAACUUGGGUGGAUCCAAAAAACUUAGGAUCGAUCCCAAGUUUUUGGGUGGGGCUAUUCCUACCCCACAAAUAUUCAUUCUCACUACAUUUAUUUCUUUAUUAUCAAAUUACUAAAUACAUCGCUCUAUACCCACUUCAAUAGUAAUUAAGCCCAACCUAUGCUAUAUACAAUCCCUUC